CCCUUGCUAGUGAUGGUUUUAAUCCUUUCAGGAUGAUGAGUAGCAACUAUAGUGUGUGGCCAGUUGUCCUUGUUCCAUAUAACUUACCACCUUGGAUUGGAAUGAAACAACAUUCAUUUAUUUUAUCAAUGAUAAUUCCAGGAGAUAAGGGACCGACAAAUGAUAUUGAUGUCUUUCUACAACCUCUAAUAGAUGAGCUAAAGAAAUUGUGGGAAGGUGUGGAAACCUAUGAUGCUUCCAAACAUCAAAAGUUUCACAUGCGGGCUGCAUUAAUGUGGACUAUAAAUGACUUUCCAGCUUAUGCAUAUUUAUCUGGUUGGAGCACCAAAGGGAAGUUUGCAUGUCCAUGUUGUGCUGAAAACACAUCUUCUUUGUGGUUAUAUAAGGGUAAAAAAUAUUGUUACAUGUGUUCUCGUAGGUGGUUACCCGAAGGUCAUUUGUUUCGUUAUCAAAAACAAUUAUUUGAUGGCACCGAAGAAGCAAGGCUACCACCAAAGCGAGCAAGUGGAAGUGAUGUGUUGAAUCAGUUAGAUGGGCUUCAAUUCACUUUUGGAAAAUUUAAGAAGAAAAAAGGCAAGAAGGAAAAUACAAAGAAGAAGCGUAAAAGAACAAAACAUCCAAGAAUUAGUGUGCAAGGAUCUAAUGAAGAGAGUUCAAGUAGAAAUGACAAGGGCCCUAUUGAUCAUAUGAAGUGGUGGAAGAAAAAAAGUAUAUUUUUUAUGUUACCUUAUUGGGAACAUAACUUAUUGCGCCACAAUCUUGAUUUGAUGCACAUAGAAAAAAAUGUGUGUGAUAAUUUGAUUGGAACUUUUUUGGGACUUGAUAAGUCGAAGGACAAUUUGAAGGCACGCCUUGACUUAGUUGAUAUUGGUAUAAGAUCUGAACUUCACCCUCAAAUUCUUGAAAAUGGGAAGAAAAUACUACCUCCGGCUUGUUUUACAUUAUCUACAGAACAAAAAGAAAUUCUUUGUCAAGUUGUUAAAGACAUCAAAGUGCCUGAUGGUUAUGCUUCAAACAUUUCAAGAUGUGUAAACCUACAAGAGCGCAAGAUUGGUGGUCUUAAAAGCCAUGAUUGUCAUGUUUUGGUUCAAGACAUCCUUCCAUUAGCUUUACGAGCUUGCAAUCCACCCAAGGAAGUCAUUCAAGUUGUAAGUGAAUUGGCAACAAUUUUCAAAUCACUUUGUUCUAAAGUGGUGGAUGUGAAUGAGCUUGAAGAGCUUCAAAAUCAAAUUGUUAUGACAAUUUGUCAAAUGGAGAAGAUUUUUCUUCCAUCAUUUUUUACUAUUAUGGUACAUUUAAUCAUUCAUUUGGUGGAAGAAAUGAAACUUGGUGGACCAAUUAAUUUUAGAUGGAUGUAUCCUUUUGAAAGGUUCUUCAUGCGUUUCAAAUCUUAUGUUAAAAAUCGAACUCAUCCUGAAGGUUCCAUUGCUGAAGUUUUGGAAAAAGAUUAUCCAGAUAUUCCAGAAGAAGUUGUGGCUCUUGGUGUGGGACCUAACAAAGUAGCAAAGAGAUACUUUGGGUUCAUUAUUAAUGGAUUCAGAUUUCAUACCAAAUCUCGUGAUGAAAAUAGAAUGACUCAAAAUAGUGGUGUGGUUAACACUUCAGAAGUUGGAAGUGUAAAUUACUAUGGUAGAUUAAGAGACAUUAUUGAGUUAGAUUACUAUGGUAAUUUUAAGGUUGUGUUGUUCAAGUGUGAUUGGGUUGAUGUACACCAUAAUACGGGUAUUAGGCAAGAUGAAUUUGGGUUCACUCUUGUAAAUUUUUCUCGCCUAAUACAUACCGGUGAAAAAUUAGAUCAUGAUCCCUAUGUGUUCUCAUCUCAAGUUGAACAAGUGUUCUAUGUGCAAGAUUUGAAGAAUGAGAAUUGUUCUAUAGUUAUCAAGACUAGGCCUAGGGAUUUGUUUGAUAUGGGUGAUAUAGACCAUUGA